AUGCGUUCACUGCGUCCCGUGUCUGUCAAGAUUGUCUCAUAUGGUCGUGAAAAUCAGCCCCAUCGUCGCCCUACGCUGUACGUCCUGCGCGUGAGUCGUAGUGGUACUGCCGACUGGUACGUGGCCAAGCGCUACUCCGAGUUUCGGGCAUUGCAUGACGCAUUGCAGCGUCAGUUUAGUGGGAAUAAAUUUCAUUCGAGUUGUGGCGCAUGUUCGGAGCUUGCAAGCUUUUAUGGCAGUGUGCGCUUUCCCGAGCGCCAUAUUUUCCAGUCCAGUCUGAGUUUUUCCAAGAAGCGACUGGACGCCACGAGGAUGGAGGAGCUAGACGGCUAUAUGCGUUUUCUGUUAGAGACAACGCAGGGAUUGCUAGGAGAUGAAGACAAUGAUGCAGCAGAGACGCCGGAAUGGGAUGGCAAUGAUGAUUCGAGGUGUCUAGCGCUGGAUCUGAUUCGAGAGUUCUUGAUGGUGAAUGAAGAUCAUACGACGGAUACCGAUGUCAAGACAAGACAAGACGAAGAUGACAGGAAGAAUCGAAAGGGAUUGAAGGAAGCGGCAGCAUCGGCCAUGCCGAGGCGUCAGUUGCACCGGCUAACGAGCCGGAACUCAUCCGUCACGAGUUUUCAUGUGCGAGAAUUGGACCUUGUAUCGAAUGAAAAGAAAAGUUCGCCUUCUGGUGACUCGAUGCGCAACUUGUUUGCAGAGGAGUGGUGGAACCCCUCAUUUGCCGACGUGUUUGACGAAAGUAUUGCACCACCUGAGGACGCCUUCAUUCAUCGCCAGGUUGAGGACGGUCCUACACGUCCCCGCCCGCUGCGACUCAUUGAGAGCUUUCCGCGGCGUUAA